CCCCAACAAUCGGCGGGGAACGGUGUUCAGGGCGCCUCGAUGAUGACCCACCCCGCGAGGACGGCCGAGCACGAGAACAACCACCACCACCACCACCAGUUGCACCACCACCACCACCAGUCAUCUUCUAGUCAUCACCAUCACCAUCACAACGAGGCCAACGAGUACCAACAGCUUCCGGCCUCCAAUUAUAUUCACCAGAUACCAACGGCGUCCGAGGAUUCGUUGCACUAUCACUCGCAGAUACGUCAGAACGAUUAUAACGUGGGGGGGCAUUACAAGGAGGAGAGUCAAUCGGAUCCCUCGUGUUAUCACGCGCUCCAGCAAGCGUCAGCGGGCCAGCAUCCGCAGCAUCUUCAGCACGGCCAUCAUCAUCAUCAGCAGCAGCAACAGCAGCAGCAUCCGCACCAUCCUCAAUCGCAGCAGCAGCAGCAGCAACAGCAACCGCACGUACCUACGUACAAGUGGAUGCAAGUGAAGAGAAACGUGCCCAAGCCAGUCGCAAAGACAAAUCCAAAUGUUGGAGAAUAUGGCGGCAGCACUGGUGGGAAUGCGUCUCCGUACGCCACCACGGCGAACGGUCCAGUGAACUGUCUUACCGGUGGACCUAUGGCCGGUAUUGCAGGUAGUUUCAACAAUACCGGCCGAACCAACUUCACGAACAAGCAACUUACAGAACUCGAAAAAGAAUUCCAUUUCAACAAGUACCUGACUAGAGCGAGACGUAUUGAAAUCGCGUCAGCAUUGCAACUAAACGAAACACAAGUGAAAAUUUGGUUCCAAAACAGAAGAAUGAAACAGAAGAAGAGAAUGAAGGAAGGUUUAAUACCAGCUGAGAGUACGACUAUAAGCUCACUCAGUGGCGCCAGAAGUUCAAGUAAUUCGCCAACUAGUUCUUCGAGUCAUGAAACCAGUGGACUCGGUUUAUCUAGUUUUACUAGCGAUAACAGUCGGGAAUCGCCACCUUCUUCCUCAAAAGAUUGACGCGUUUCUUGCUGCAGCAACGAACGUUUAUAUGGCCUACGACUUAACGAUGAUUGGUGAAAACUAAAAGAAUAAAAAAUGUUAUUUUAAAUCGCGUGAUUUGAAUUGACUUGAAUUUUCUUGCUGCAGCAGCAAUAGUAAUUAUAGUAUUUCCAAUUUUACUAGAACGGAAUCAUUAUAAUAAUAUAUAAUAGUCUUUUGGCGAUUUUGAAAAUUAUCAAAAUUAAUCAAACAUAGAUUAGAAAUUGAACGAUGUAUGUACUACUUAUGUGAAUUAUUUAUUUUUGAUUGAGUUAUAUACUGUAAAGACAGUGUGAACAGAAUUCCCGAAAGGUUACCAUAUACCUCAGUUUGUGUAAAUGGUAUAACAAUAUUUAUAUAUAAUUAUAAAUACCAAUGAUAUUGAUCACGGCAUAUUAAAAAAAAAAAAAAAAAAUUACGAAGCUAUUUUUCUUAGAUGCUUAUGAUUAAUGGCAUCUAGAAAAUAGUCUUUUUUUUUUUGACGAGAACAAUUAUUGUUUGAUGUUAUCAUC